CCUGCUUCUUAGCGGGGGGUUGGACUGGAUGGCCCAUGAGGUCUCUUCCAACUCUACUAUUCUAUGAUUCUAUAUGCAGAGUCCUGGAGUUACAAAUGUGCAAUUUAUUGCUGAGCUAAAACUGAAAGCAGCCAGCUGUGAAUUUGGAAUGGCAGUUAAUGAGAUGAUAAGAGAUAAAGUUGUUUUUAGUUUACAGCAAGAGAAACUGAAACAAAAGUUGUUACAAGAAGCCUAUCUUACACUUGAGAAGGCCGUGGAGAUAUGCCAGUUCAGCUGAGAACCAUGGCAAUAACAUCGGAACAAGGAGUGUGUGAAUUACAAGACGCCCAUGGAGAAAACAAAGAGAUUAUAACUCAAGCUCUGGGAGCCAGAGAGUCAAGACAAGAGACAAAUGAAAAAAAUCAGAAUAAGUGUGGUUAUUGUGGUACAGCUCACGAACCUCGGAGAUGUCCAGCAUUUGGAAAGUCAUGCAACAAGUGUGGCAAGAAAAAUGCCAGGUUAUGCAGGUCAAGGGUGACCAAUCUUGAGAAUAUACAAGCCAGACAACACAUUCAUGAGCUGAAGGUGUGGCGAAGAGACAGAGUCUGUACAUGAAGACCAAGCAGCCAAUUCUAUUCAAAGAGAUGAAAACAAGGAAAACUACCCAGACAAAACUAUAGUCUUAGAGGAAAACCAGGCAGUGUUCCAAGAUACACAGACACCCUGUGAUGGCACAUUAAGGGUUGGAAUGGGGAACUUAAAAUCCCGAAAACCCACAUCUAUUUCAAAAACAGAAAAUGGGAAAAACCACGAAGAAAGUCAGGACAUGGGAAAUGCAUUGCCCUGGCUCUCUGACUGUCAAAGGAAGACAGGAACGCCUGCUAAUGAUUACCCGGAGAAUGUGGCAUUCAGAUACCAGGAAACAGUCAUCAAAUUUCAACCCAGGACAGACCAGAGUGCAUUCAUUUCACCAAAAGAUCCUACUGAACAUUUGCAGAACUUCACUGAGGAAGAAAGCUCUCAGCUGUCAGCUUUGAAGGAUCCCACCCCUUCCUCGGUCCCAACCAAUGUGCAAGUCGAUGGGGACCAUUGUGGAGAGCCUGGACAGGUCAUCAGAGAAGGCCAGGGAGAUGCAGACAGUGGACAUGAAGAGCAUCAAUCCUUCGGGACUAGCAGACUGCUAUAUCACAUUACUGAUGGAGAUAAUCCUCUGCUGUCUCCUCGAUGCUCUAUCUUUAGCCAAAGUCAAAGAUUUAAUCUGGACCCUGAAUCGGCUCCUUCCCCACCAAGUGCUCAACUCUUCAUGAUGCCAAGAAGUUCUUCUAGAGGUAGCUGUGAGGAUUGCAAAGAGCCGCAGACAGUAGCACAACUCACAAAGCACCUUCAGAGUCUGAAGAGGAAAAUCAGGAAAUAUGAAGAAAGAUUUGAGCAAGAAAAGAAUUAUCGGCCUUCGUAUGCUGACAAAAUAGGAAAUCCAGAAGUAAUGAAAUGGAUGAAUGACUUGGCCAAAAGUCGCAGACAGCUUAAAGAGCUGAAGCUCAAGAUGUCAGAAGAACAAAGCUGCCCCCUCAAAGCACCUCAAAGGAGCCUUCAUCAGGAGAGCGCCAAAGAGACUGUGAAGCAGGAUGCAGCAGGAGCUCCCCCGAGCCCAUCGCUAGAAGAAACCAGGGAGGCUGUGAUUAAACGAUUGACAGAAACACGACAACAGCUCAGUAUCCCUGAGAACAUUAAGGCUAUGACAAAAAGGCAAAUGGCUUUGGAAAAACUCAGUCUCCAGAAAAGCCUACUCUAUUUUGAAAGUAUUCAUGGACGACCUGUAAACAAGCAAGACAAGAGUUUAAUGAAGCCCCUUUAUGAAAGGUAUCGAAUAAUUAAGCAGCUUCUAUCAACACCAUCUUUGAUUACAACCAUUCAGGAGGAGGAAGAUUCUGACGAAGAUCAUUCCCAAGGCAGCUACAAAUUAUCCUCUGCUAUGUCCCUCAAUCUGCCUACUGAUGAACACCUAUGCCAUUCAGAUGAGGAACGUGAACCCUCCUUUGUUUCACCCCUGGAUGAAAAGAAAGGAGUCAAGCAGCCUGUUAUCUCAAUGUCGAACUUACACGAGGCCACAAUGCCUGUGCUGCUGGAACAUCUACGGGAAACAAGAGCUGACAAGAAGAGGCUAAGAAAGGUUUUACGAGAAUUUGAGGAACAAUUCUUUAAACAAACAGGAAGGAGUCCCCAAAAGGAAGAUCGUAUCCCGAUGACAGAAGAGUAUUUGGAAUACAAGCACAUCAAAGCCAAGCUCCGGCUGUUGGAGGUUCUUAUUAGCAAGCAUGAUGUCUCAAAAACCAUCUGAAGCUCCAGAGGCCUGUGAAAGUCAAGCUUCCUGAUGUUGGGAGAUGAUGAGAGAAAGAGAGAAAGUGGGGAAAAUUCACAGGUCUGGUUCUUUCUGCACAAUGGGUUCGUCACCUUGAAAUUCUGAUGCACUUUAUUAAUGUUGCACUGCUGCAGAUGAGCGCAUGCGAGAGAUGGGUGUGAGAAUUCAGGAGGAAGGAAUGACUGGAGGACUGGUUCUUCUAUGUGAAUCAUGUUCUAUUUCUGGACCUGGAAUUCAUUUUGACAGGUUUCCCUGAUUAGCCAAAGGAAGGUAGCCGUAGGCACAUGCAGCAGUCUGAGUUGGGCGGAGGGUGGUCAUGUGCUCUGCUGGAAUGUAUUUUUAGGCAGAUGAUGUUACUUUGGCAACUAUACUUAAAAUAUUGGGUGGAAAAUGCAAUUCUUAAUGUAUAUUUUCGUGUCCAUUUAUAUGACCCACACUACCUAAAGGGAAAUUGUACGCACUACUGUUGGAGGCAAAAUACUGUUGUCAGUCAUAACCAAAGUAGAGCCAUUGACUCGGUUAGAUUUACCUAUAUGUUGACUCACUGUUCAGCAGCUGAUUCAAUGAGCAUACAAUACGACUCCCUUUAUCCAUAGACUCAGUAUCCGCAGUUUCACUUAUACACACUCCAAAAGCUAUCUCCUUUCCAGAAGUGUUUGUGGGCUUUUAAGUCCCCAAUGCUAUUCUAUGGUAUGUUCCCUGUCUAAGUCAAAAUAUAGGAUUCACUAUUAUCUGUCAUUUCAGGUAUCAAUGGGGUUGAUGGUCUUUAAUAAUAAUAAUAAUAAUAAUAAUAAUAAUAAUAAUAAUAACAACAACAACAACAACAACAACAACAACAACAACAACAAUAACAAUAAUAAUUUUAUUCUUGUACCCCACCUCUAUCUCCCCACAGGGACUCAGGGCGGCUUACGAAUGAAUAUAAAGAGUAUAUAUACAAAAACAUCAAAUACCGAAAACGCACAAAUGAAAAAUUAAAACAUACGAUUAAAAUCAAACCAUUAAUAAGACAAAGUUAAAACACAUCAAUAAAAACAUAAGGAUGGGCUGAUCAAAGUGCACUAAGUGAGACUUGUAAACAUAGAGGAAGUUAAAGGUGCUAUAAAAACAUUGGGGAGAAUGUUCUUAUAGCACCUUUUGAACAGAUCCCCACAAUUAUGGGAUCCAUACUGUACCCUUGAAAUGGGCCAGCAAGAUUCUGACCAAAGUGUCCAAGUUGUUAUUAAAUCCUGGAGGUCAAUAUCCCAUAGUAGUAAAACCCCAGAUAAAUACAUAAUUUUCUAGAUAAGUGUUGUAAACUUUGACAUUUUGAAAUGUCCUGCUCUCUCUUAUUUAUGUAUUUAUGUUUUUUUUAAAAGAAACUCUAUGUGAGAGUAGGUCUAGAAGGCUUUUAUGUCUCUCGGAAUGCAUUGGAUUUCCUGGCAGCUCUAGAAAGGAACUUAGCUUGUUAAAGUGGUUAGAGAGAUCCCCAAUCAUGUUUCUUUUCAUCUGUUUGGUCUGCUUGGCUGGGUGCCACUCUGCAAAAUAUUGUGCCAAAGCUGUACUACUGUAGUCUGGUUGGUAACAGAGAAAACAGAAGCAAAACUUCCAAGUGGGAAAACGUGACCAGCAGACCCAAGCAUCUUGACUAACUGCCAUGGAUAAUUUAUUAAGUGCAGGAAAACUCUGUCUGCAAACAUAGGCCUCAUUGGAGUUGACUUGAUGAUACUUACUCAUCUUCUCCAAAAAUGAAAUGCCUCCAUAUCUGUGCAAGGGGCACACUAUCUUGAAGGCUUAAGGUGCAUCCAGGAUGCACAUGGCUAAUUCAUUGUGCAAAAAGGGGAGGCCUUGAUACUCUGUUCAUUAAUAAACAAGGACAAUCUGAAUUUCCUAAUCUGGUGAAGAGUCCCUCUCACCUGAGAUAUACCUGCUCCAUUAGAAGCUAGGAAAAUCAUAUAUUUAUUUAUAUACAUAGCCUAGAAUAUAUCAAAGAGGAACCUUUAGACUGCCACACAUUUUGGAUUGGAGUUCCCAUACUCUUACUUUACUGGCCUGCUCACUGGCGCUUCUGGGAAUUGAGGUCCAAAAUGUAUGGGAGGAGGAAGAUUUCCCACCCUGCCUUUCUUGCAAUAAAGUUUCUUCCAGCAGCUCAAAUUAAAUAACAAUACAAAACAAUGGAAAUGGCUAGAACACAAGAAAACAUGCUUUUUAUCUACAAAGGCUAGACAUAUUUUAUUUAAAUUUGAAUUAAAAGAUCUUCACCGGAUACAGAUAGGACCACAAUGUUGUUGGUACAUGACCCUUUCUGGAAAUGCUGUCUCAUGAUCAGGGUUCUGCUUCUGAAAUUGCCCUCUUCUUACUGGCUACAUAGCUUGUUUAUUUAUUUGGCUUGGGCACUGAAGCAGAGCUUCUAAAUGAGAUCUUAACAUUUGCGUAGCUGCGUAUAUAGUAAGGGUAUUUUUGUUCAUGUAAACUGAUCCCAAGCUCUUUUUGUCUUUAAAGGUCAUAACCAGCACUUUAAAUUAUGCCUAGAAAUGUACUGUGAGACGGUAGUAGGAUUUGAGUCCUAUAUUAGGAGGAAAGUAGGAUAUUAAUUUAAUUUAAUGAAUGAAUCAAUGUACAAUCAAAUUACCCAAUCACAAUUAAUAAUCCUGUUCUGAACUAUUUGAAGCUACCAGGCUGUUCCCGAGUAUAUAGUAAGAAUAUAAAUGAGAAGUUACCAUAACAUGGACAUUUACAACAAAGAUAGCUACUAGUGAAUCAUGAUUUCAUUUUAGGGCAAUGAAGCAUGGUUCUAAUUGAAGCAGCUUCAUGGCAUAUGAGAAGAUAUACUUACUGGACAGUCCAUACAAGAUAUAACAUGUUGCAAAAUGUGUUGGUUCUCAUGGGGCAGUACCAGAUAGGACUUUAAUACAUACCCAAUCGGUUUUAAAAAACCUGAUUGGGCCUGCAUUAGAGUCCACACAUGCUCCAGAAAACUUUUGCGGGGGGGGGGGGGGGUGUCCAUUCAGACACAAAAGAAAAAUCUUAAAAAGAAAGAAAUAACUUGCCCGGCCAGCAUUUCCCUGUUGCUGACUAUAAAGGAAGAUCGGGAAUGAGUAGUGAGCAGAGAGCCUCCUUCAGGCAGGGGGGAAUCUUUUUAAAUCCCACCGCUGCCACCAAUAUAACAAAGGAAAGGAAAGGGCAGGGAGAGGAGAGGCUCCUUCAGGCAGAGGGGAAUCUUUUAAUCCCACCGCUGCCACCAAUAUAACAGAGGAGCUGAGACACCAAAUAUAACGGACACCUCUCCACUCUACUCACGCUCACACACAAGCACGUGUAUGUGAGAGGCGAGAAUAUACCGUUUGGUUUUAGAUUUCCUUUUAAAAUGGUAGCUGCCACCAACCUAAGAAUGUCUUUAGGAUUUUCGUUGUUCCCCCGGGUUGUUAAUUAACUCUAACCAAGAGUCCUUCUAUUAACCAGCCCAGUAGUGAGAGUCAAUCCCUUGAGCUAUCUUCCUCUCAAGAGAUCCAAACUGCCUGACCUAGCCUGUCAGUUUCCACAGCUUUCAGUUCUCUCUCACACACCCUCCAAACUACGGAAAUGCCAGCUGUGUAAGUUAUUAUUUUCUUUUUACGGCUUUUUAACGGAGUUUUGGGAGGGGUGGGAGUUGUUUUGGGUUUUUCAGGCUCCAGGAGCUCAAAAAUUCCAAGACAGCUGUGUGGAUUAGUACCACAAGUCACGUAACACGAUUCUCAAUUCACAUAGCGCCCACAGCUGAGAAGACCCAGGUGUUCUGAAAGACCCAGUUCUUUCCAGCUGUUAAAUUAUUUGGUACAAAGCAGGGUUUUCCUUCUUUGUGUCAAAGGAAUUCAUUUUUACCUGAGGCGUCAUUUGGACACCCCAGGUAAAAACAUGGGAGGGCGCACAUUUUCCACCUUGUGUGGAUGUGCCCAUUGUGGUCAGGAACAUGAAGGAAGUAUGAUGCUUCUAAGAACUUUAAAUACCAAGUAUAGCUUCCAUGUUGGUGGGGAUGUGCAUCUUCUGGUCUUCUAAAGUAUCAGGGAGAGUUAUUCACACUCGAGAGAUGGGGAUUUAUGGGUGUGAAGCAGAGGGCUAGAUUAUUUGAGUGGUGGGCAUCUGUAAACAAAUUCCAUGCUUAUGGCAAUGUGGGAAAAAAUUAAGAACCUAGUAAGAGAUCUCUUGGUUCGAACUAAAGACAUGUAUAGUCCACCAGCUUGUUUUCUACAGUGGAGAAAAAGAUAACACUAUGUAACACAAUUUUUGUUCCUGAGUUAUAAAUGUCAUUUCAUAAUUGAUUCUAUCAUAAAAACAUAGACAAAGUUUAGACAUAGACAAAAGCUUUGUUUUUGCAGGACCUCCUCUAGCGCAUUUUGCUAUCGUUUUUCAGUGAGUAUCUGCUAGCAUCUCAACCAAUUCAACAUACAGUAGAGUCUCACUUAUCCAACAUAAAUGGGCUGGCAGAAUGUUGGAUAAGUGAAUAUGUUGGAUAAUAAGGAGGCAUUAAGGAAAAGCCUAUUAAACAUCAAAUUAGGUUAUGAUUUUACAAAUGAAGCACCAAAACAUCAUGUUAGACAACAAAUUUGGCAGAAAAAGUAGUUCAAUACGCAGUAAUGCUAUGUAGUAAUUACUGUAUUUAUGAAUUUAGCACCAAAAUAUCAUGAUAUAUUGAAAAUAUUGACUCCAAAAAAUGCGUUGGAUAAUCCAGAACGUUGGAUAAGUGAGACUCUACUGCAGUUUGUAGCAGCCACAAAAACAAAGUUUCUGGAGGAUAACUUCCAAAGUUAUUACUGUACAAUUAAACAAGAAAUAACACUUUCAAACCAGGAACAGAAAACCUGUUACAUUUUUGUUACAUAGCGUAAUCAUGAGAAGCCCACAAGGAGAACAUGUGCCAGAAUGUAUUACUUAUUGUCUGCUUGUAAUCAGAGCUCUCUAUGUAUUUGUGCAUGUGUGUGUUGUAAAUUAUGUAAGAACACCCCCGAACACACACAUACAACAAUAUGAUGUUAAGUACACAAUUCAGCUGCCUGAGGAUUUCAUCUUGUUCCUUCCUUCUUUUUGCAAGUGUAUUAAAAAUAAGAAGGAAUCUACAAAUAAGUUGGUAAAAGCAUACAGCCAAUGCUCAGUAACAUGUCUGAAGAAAAAUAGUUACUGGAUAGGAAUGCCGUUAAUUUUUGUGUUUCAAAUAAGAUAAAUUCUGAAUACAGUACUUGCUUAUUUUGCAUAUUUGCAGGUUAUAGAGGUCUGGGUUUAGGCUAUCUUGUGGCAGAAUUUGUCUGACUGUGUUGGAGAAUUUUGGUACAGAGUCCACACAGUCUAGUUUUAGUAAAGAUAAAGGUUUUCCCCUGACGUUAAGUCCAGUCGUGACCAACUCUGGGGAUUGGUGCACAUCUCCAUUUCUAAGCUGUAGAGCCGGCGUUGUCCAUAGACAUCUCCAAGGUCAUGUGGCCGGCAUGACUGCAUGGAGCGCCGUUACCUUCCCACCGGAGCAGUACCUAUUGAUCUACUCACAUUAGCAUGUUUUUGAACUGCUAGGUUGGCAGGAGUUUUAUCAAAUGGUAAUGGCCAUCAACUGCCUCUGAAGCCCCGAGAGUGUGACAUUAAGGUGCCUCUGGAGAUCCUUUCCUGCUGGACCUAAUCUCUAAGCAAGAAGGAAAUAUAAUUAUUGUUUAUUAGGAGAAUGCUAUCUAGAUUUUAAGAAAAUUAUACAGAUGAGAGCGGGUUGAGAAGAGGCAUGAAGAUGUUUGAGGAUGCUGACAUGCUAUUUUUGAUAGCAACUGAAGGAAAAUGAGGUUUGCAUUCAAUAUUAGUAUAUCAGUAUGGAUCUUUAGACCUGUGCCUUGUGAUCCAUUCCACAAGUGGUACACACAAGUGCUACAGCUUUCAAAGGACUAUAUUAUUAUUAUUAUUAUUAUUAUUAUUAGUAUUAUUAGUAUUAUUAGUAUUAUUAGUAUUAUUAUUAUUAGUAUUGAUAAUAAUAAUAAAACUUUUUUUUAUACACCGCCACCAUCUCCCCAACGGGGACUCGGGGUGGCUUACAUGGGGCCAUGCCCAGAACAAUACAAUAAUAACCAUUUUUAAUCAAUGAUGGCAGAGCCGUUUAAAGUGCUGGCAUAAAUGAUUAGUAACAGGGUGAAAAAAGUCAAAAGUACAACUAAUUUCAACUGUAUUUGUUAAUUUUGUUAUGCAAAGGGGUCAAGUCACUUUAGAGACUAACUCUGAGAAUGAGGUUAGUGGCAUAAGCUUUCUUAUGACUGAGUCUACCUUUUUAGCAGUGAAAACUCAAUCUACCAUCUUUGCUAGUCUCUAGGAUACUGUAAGAUCCAUUUGUAUGGGGUUUUUUUUCGUGUCAGGAGCAACUUGAGUCACUUCUGGAGUGAGAGAAUUGGCUGUCUGCAAGGACAUUGCCCAGGGGAUGCCCAGAUGUUUUGAUGUUUUUACCAUCCUUGUGGGAGGCUUCUCUCAUGUCCCUGCAUGGAGCUGGAGCUGAUAGAGGGAGCUCAUCCACGCUCUCCCCGGAUGGGAUUCGAACCUGGCAGCUUUCAGGUCAGCAACCCAACCUUCAAGUCACGAGGCUUUAGUCCACUACGCCAUUGGAGGCUCCAUUUGUAUGGUGAUAUUCUAGGCAAUCAUGGCUAUGGUAUUAAUCUUAUGCCUUCCAGAACCAAAUGGCUGGUCAAUGAUUAUCAGAUAAGGUUUUAAGGGAUAAUAACCCCCGAUGGCGCAGCGGAUUAAAGAGCUGAGCUGCUGAACUUGCUGACUGAAAGGUUGGCAGUUCCAAUCCAGGGAGCAGGAGGAGCUACCGCUGUUAGCCCCAGCUUCUGCCAACCUAGCAGUUCAAAAACAUGCAAAUGUGAAUAGAUCAAUAGGUACCACACUGGUGGGAAAGUAACAGCGCUCCAUGCAGUCAUGCUGGCCACAUGACCUUGGAGGUGUCUACAUACAACGCCGGCUCUUCGGCUUAGAAAUGGAGAUGAGCACCACCCCCAGAGUCAUACAUGACUACACUUCAUGUCCGGGGAAAACCUUUACCCUUAUUAGCAUUUUGGUGUAAAGACUGAAAAGAUACCUGACUUCAUAGAAGUACAGAGAAAUGUGUUGUCGAAGGCUUUCAUGGCUGGGAUCACAGGGUUGUUGUUUGUCUUUCGGGAUGUGUGGCCAUGUUCCAGAAGUAUUCUCUCCUGACGUUUCGCCCACAUCUAUGGCAGGUAUCCUCAGAGGCUGUGAGGCAUGGAUAAACUAGGCAAGGCAAGGAAAAAAAUAUAUAUCUGUGGAGAGUCCAGGGUGUGGCAAGAGUCCUUUGUCACUGGGAAGCCAGCAUUAAUGAUUCAGUUAGCAUUGGAAAGAUUUUUGUCUCUUGCCUGGGGGGCAUCCUUUGUUCAGUCAUUAGCUGUCCUUGGGGCUCCUCUGCCUUCAGAGUGUUGGUUCCCAUCUACUGUUUUGAUUUUAGAGUUUUUUAAUACUGGUAGCCGGAUUUUGUUCAUUUACAUGGUUUCCUCCUUUCUGUUGAAGUUGUCCACAUGCUUGUGGAUUUCAAUGGCUUCUCUGUGUAGUCUGACAUGAUAGUUGUUGGAGUGGUCCAGCAUUUCUGUGUUCUCAAAUAAUAUACUGUGUCCAGGCUGGUUCAUCAAGUGCUCUGCUAUGGCUGAUUUCUCUGGUUGAAUUAGUCUGCACUGCAGACUCUUGCCUGCCAUAGAUGUGGGCGAAACGUCAGGAGAGAAUACUUCUGGAACAUGGCCACACAGCCCGAAAGACAUACAACAACCCAGUACAGAGAAAGGUACAUUGUCCUGUUGAUAUCUUGUAGCAUAUUUUGUUUGGCCAACCAAACGCAUAUUUUUAGCAUUGGAAAACACCAUAGUGGAAAGUUCUCACCUGAUGGCCACUGAAACCAGGGCUGAUCUGUACACGGCUGCUCCAUCUAAUUCUCUGAAUUGUCAUAAAAGCCAGGUCAAAAUUACAGUCCUCGCUUCAUAAUUUGAGUUAGUGGAUUCCGUUGUGUUUGCACUCAUAGGGUUAUUUAAAUUCUUCACUGUAUUUUCAAUCCUGUUUUCCUCCCCUUUCUGCUUUGGCCUCAUUUGCCCAUGUUGUUGUUUCACCCUACUGGCUGUCACCACCCACAUGCUUUCCUUGGUGUGAUGUCAUAAUGCAACCUCUGUUGUGAUGGCAAAAUACUAUCCCUUGGGCAACUACAGCCAACAUUAUUAAAGGGCAAGGCAAAGACACUGAGGUCCCAUCUACACUACUAUACAAAAUCCCAGAAUACUUGUAAAGUAUCUACACAUACACAAGAUGGUCUAUGUACAAAGAAAAUAUGUCCAAAUAGCAUAUAAUAUUAUUAAAGUUCCCCGUACAAAGCUCAAUUUGGCAGUACCAGACAAAAUGAAAAGGAGCAACAGCUCUAACACAAAAGUUAUCCAAGUCUGAUAUUGGUUCCAAUGUAUAUAGGCUUCAGAGAUACAUAGUCAAUGAAAAUAUCUUCCAAACAAAGUAAACAGACGGUUGGUCAUGUUGCUGUAUACUGGAAUGAAUACAGCAGUAUUCUAGUAUACAGCAACAUGACCAACCGUCUGUUUACUUUGUACGGGGAACUUUAAUAAUAUUAUAUGCUAUUUGGACAUAUUUUCUUUGUACAUAGACAAUGUUUGUGUAGUCCCAUCUACACUGCCAUAUACAAUCAGAUUACCUGCUUUGAAUUUGAUUAUAUGGCAGUGUAGACUAACCUAGUUUAAAGCAGAUAAUGUGGAUUAUCUGCUUUGAUAAUCUGGAUUAUAUGGCAGUGUAGAUCCAGCCUGAGCAUACAGGUGAAGAACAAAAAAGCACCAAGAGAACAACAACAGGCUGCUUUCAUAGUAUAAAAACAGGAAGUUAUUUGGUCAUUUGUCCAGCUUUCAAAGCAAAUAUUUGAAUUUUCUCCAAUAGUUUUUGACAUACAGUAGAGUCUCACUUAUCCAACAUAAACGGGCUGGCAGAAUGUUGGAUAAGCGAAUAUGUUGGAUAAUAAGGAGGCAUUAUAGCCUCAAAUUAGUUUAUGAUUUUACAAAUUAAGCACCAAAACAUCAUGUUUUACAACAAAUUGACAGAAAAUGUAGUUCAAUAUGCAGUAGUGCUAUGUAGUAAUUACUCUAUUUACAAAUUUAGCACCAAAAUAUCACGCUAUAUUGAAAACAUUGACUACAAAAAUGUGUUGGAUAAUCCAGAACGUUGGAUAAGCAAGUGUUAGAUAAGUGAGACUCUACUGUACCUCUCUUUUUUAUGCUGCUGUUUCCUUCCCAUGCAAACUUGUCUUACAAACUGACCUUAAACAGGCAGGUAUUCUGCCUGCUCAGAUUUAAUGCCAGGAUGGAUAAAAGACACAGGUGUAACGAUCCAUGCUUUUUGUUAUUAAUGUUGCAUAUCAGACCACUUCUUUUUGUGAGUUUAUUAAAUAUUGCAUGCCCAUUUUGACCAACUCACACAGUCUAGUAAAUGGCUCUCAGUACUUCAGAGUGUGGUCCAUUACCUGGUUCUGCUUUUCCAAGGACCAUUGAAUGACCAUGUCUACUGAAGUUAUGAGCACAUUAUUUCAAAUAUUUUUCAAGUCCAUGAGAUCCAAUGGAUUCAGAUAAAAGGGGAAUUCCAGCAUCCCUGAGUUAGUUAAUAUCAUUGCAAAAACUGGGCUGAGGCUGUCACCCACGGAUAGUAAUGAAACCCAGUUUCACUGCAAACACGAGUCUCAGCUAUUUGUUUUUUAAACUGCAAUCAUGCUCUCCAAUCUUCCAUUAGAGUAUGUUUGCAUUGAAAGUGUCCUUCAAGCUGUGUCAAGAAAUUCUGGUGUGUGUGUUACAGGGAGCUUCCUCAUCACUCCAGCCAACCAUUCCUAAAAGAGUAUCAGUCACUAUUAAUUACUCAAGCAGCAUGUAACCACGGGUUAGAUAUAUGCAACACUCAUAAUCCGUGCUUGGCCAGCAUACCAUAUAGAGCUUGCUGUUUCCCUUCAGAUUAGUCUGAAAAUGCUGACACAAAGGAAGGGAUUCUCAGAAACAGAGGUGAUCGAGGUGUACAGUGUUCCCUCACUUAUCGAAGGGGUUACGUUCCAGAACCACCCGCAAUAAGUGAAAAUCCGCAAAGUAGGGACACCAUAUUUAUUUUAAUAUUUAUACAUUAUUUUAGUAGUUGAGCCCCAGUGGCAAAGUGCGUUAAAGCACUGAGCUGGAGACCGAAAGGUCCCAGGUUCAAACCCCGGGAGCGGCGUGAGCGGCCGCUGUUAGCUCCAGCUCCUGCCAACCUAGCAGUUCGAAAACAUGCCAAUGUGAGUAGAUCAAUAGGUACUACUCCGGCGGGAAGGUAACGGUGCUCCAUGCAGUCAUGCUGGCCACAUGACCUUGGAGGUGUUUACGGACAACGCUGGCUUUUCAGCUUAGAAAUGGAGAUGAGCACCAACCCCCAGAGUCAGACAUGACUGGACUUAACGUCAGGGGAAACCUUUACCUUACCUAUUUUAGUAGUUAUACACUAUUUUAAGUCUUUAUCAACCAAUUGUGUGUUGAUAAAUUGCAUCCUUCUCUUCCCGUUGCUGCUUGGGCUCCUUUUCUCUCCCUUUGGCUUCUCCUUUCCCUCUCUCUUAGACUGUAAAUUGUAAUUUUUUAAUGAUUUAUAAUAGUCUUUUAGAGUUUAUUGAAAAACCGCGAAACAGCGAAUCCGCGAAAAGUGAACCGUGAAGUAGUGAGGGAACACUGUAAUCCACAGGCUGUGUGAUGCCCAACCAGAGCCAGUUCUGGGAGCACAAAGGGUUAAAAAUAAUUGUCAAAAUGUUUUGUACCCAAAUGCUCUCUAGGGGACUCAGCAAACUAUUUUAGAUCCAGGGGAGACCUUUUAAAAACUAGAAGUAAACUGAUCACUUUUUAAAAAAUCUCCUGGACCAAAAAUGGUCCAGAGACUCCUUAAAAUUCAACAAUUUUCCAUAUAGAGUGUUGAGGGAGCAUGUUGAGACUUUUUUUUUAGUUUAUGACUGUGGUGAUUUAUUGGGGGGUAGCCCACCAAAGCCUCCUAGGGGUCAAUUCUGCACUAAAAAGAGAGUUUUAAACCCAUAGGAGGAAGAGAACUGCACCUUCAUGCCAGAGUCUUCUGUGAGUUGGGUGUGCUGGUCCACACCUGCAGUAGAGAUUUUUUUUUUCAUGUCAGGAGCGACUUGAGAAACUGCAAGUCACUUCUGGAGUGAGAGAAUUGGCUGUCUGCAAGGACGUUGCCUGGGGGACGCCUGGAUGUUUUGAUGUUUUUUACCAUCCUUGUGGGAAGCAUCUCUCAAUUCCCUGCAUGGAGCUGGAGCUGAUAGAGGGAGCUCAUCCACGCUCUCUCCGGGUUGGAUUUGAACCUGGCACCCUUCAGGUCAGCAACCCAACCUUCAAGUCACAAGGCUCUAACCCACUACUCCACCGGGGGAUGGAGAUGGAGACUGUGCCUUUCCUGUUCUAGUUAUUGUUGGUCCAAUUGUGCUAACACAAUGAAUAGGAAUUGCACGUCAAUUGUGAUAACAUAACCAAUCACUGUUGGGCUUGAUGCAUAUCCCUAGCUGAGUGCUUCUCCAAAAAGUCUUUAAUAAUUUUCCAGAAUUCAGGCCAGGUAAUUCUAUGAGUUGUCAUCCAACAACAUCUUAACAACUCAAGCACGGGAGCUACUGUCUUAAUAAUAAUUCUUGUAAUUCCAUUUGCGAACUUCCAGGUACACAUGAGUGCAAGUUCUAUAAGAUGUUUUAGAAGCCAGGAAAAAAGUGUGGAGCACUUAAUUUCAAGAGCUAAGAAACUAACGAAAGGGCAAUAGUGCAGCAAAAACAAAGUGGCUGAAAAAUUAUUCUGGAAAACUUGCACUUUUUCACAAAAAAGGGAACACAUUGAAUUUCAUUUACAGAAAUGGGACGUGGAUCUUAAGAAGGAAAGAGUAGCUAAUAAGCAAUGAAACAAGGGGAGGCUACCCCAUCUUCUUAAGCAGUAAUUGCAAGGACUUUCUUGAAAGUCACCACAAUAAAAGCAAAACGACGUGAAUAAUGGCACAUACUAAGGGUUUUUUUAAAAUUAUGUCACACUUUUCCUUAGUCCAAUGCUAUAAACUUUUGCUUUGUCUGACUACCAAAGCUUGUUUGAAAGCAUGCACUUUGUAGGACCUUCAUAUUUUCUGUGUGAUGAUUGCCAAGAUAGUUUAUUAAAAUAGUAAUAAUAGUUUAUUGCAUUAUGAUAUUUUGGAUAGCUCAGUGUAUGCAGAAUAUUUACCUAAGUGUCAUGAUCAUAAACUGGGUUUUAUUAAAAGUGGGUAUUUUUCCCCCACCUUGAUGUUAAAGAGAACACACUUUCUGAUGGAGAAAGAUUGUUCUUGAAAUUUGCAAUAGUUCACUUUAGAACAGAAUGUGGUUUAGUGAGAGACGGACAGUCACCAAGCAUGCAUUGCUGACUAUCAAACAUAGGGCCAUUGGCAAAUACGUUUAAGAAGGAUCUCCAAAAAGAUAUAUAUGAUCUUUGAUGUUUUUGUUUUGUCAAUUUGUAUUAAUGAUCUGAAAACCAGGGGCGUAAUCUUUAGUCUUCCUGCUCUGGUGCAUGUCUAAAGGGGGGAUAUCCAUAGGCAAAGAAGUAUGUGUUUGGUCCACAGGGCAAUGGUAUAGAAGGUCUGCAUGGCAUUAGGGAUUGUCAGCCAUGCUAUAUCAUCUCUUGAUAUCUGUACUAUGAGAGCCAGGAGGGAGAAGCUUUGGCAGAAAUCCAUGGGACUUCUCCCCACUUUGCCCAGAGCUGGACGCAAAAGGCAAGGGAUUGUACCUCAGCUCUUUUAGCUAUAGUAAUAAACAAGCUAUUCAUUUCCCAAAAUCUGUUACCCACACACCUUGUUUGCAUUACUGCUGUAUGUAAAGCUGAAGCAUGAUUUUUUUUUAAAAAAAAAUCAAAUCUUUUCAAAAGAGCUUGGGAGGGCAUUGUGUGACACGACUAGCAUACAUUUUCCCCAAUGAUGUUCGAUGUUUCAGUGUGAUUGGCUUGGUCAUUUAUAACUGAAUCAAAAUGGUGUCCUUCAUAAAUCUGUUUUAAUUAAAAGUCAUGUAAGAGCAACAGGAACAUACACAAGUAUUUGAAGUUUACAAACUACAUCUUUGAUAAGGGAAAAUGGUUUCAUGACAUAUGUAUACAGUUGCUAUUAAAAUGUAAUCUAUAUAUUCUAUAUGAUUGUAUAAUAUUUUAUACAACGGUACAAAUAAAAUAUUUUUCUAUUUAUUAAGUUGAAA